AUGAGACUUUCACUCAAUUGCGCAAGGAGAAAUGGCUUCUUCUCUGCGAUCACCGAUGGUCAGCUCAACAGUCGCGUUCCUUAUGAAGACAGCAAUGGAGAAAUACAUCCUACUGAUCCAGUCAUCAACAACCUUCAGCAGGACAAAUACGCAAUUGACAGCCGACCAAUGUUCAGUUCGACGGCCUCACAACCAAUGCAAAAUCCACAACGAAUGCGACAAAGCGAGGAUACCGGCCCACCGUGGGCUGUUCAACAUCCGCAACCCCGUUCUGGUAUUCGACGCUCCUCUCUGUGGUUUGGAGGGGAGGCGGAGCAGGUGACCGGAAAUCGGCAACUGCCAGUUAAUCCAACUGAACGAACAACGUCUCUUGCUCCUUAUACUGCUGCUGCGACCAGCCUACCGAACCUAAAUAGAAAGCCCUUAUCAAAUGCCGAGCAGCACAAACUUGAGCUUUUACAACAGAUCGAAGAGAACAAGCGACGACGACAGCUCGAACUUGAGAAAGAAAGGAUGGAGGAACAGAAGGAAAUGGAGAGACUCGAGCGGUACAAUGAGAAAGUAAGGAAAGAGAAGGAAGAGGAAGAAAGGAAGCUACGAGAAAGAGCAAGGCUAGCUGAAAAGCGUGCUGAGCAAAUGUAUGAAAGUCGUCCCAAACCUCAGCGUAUGAGGUCACCGCCUCCACCGCGCAAAGAGCAUGUUUCUCCUACGCCGUCUGAAACACCGGCAUUAGAAUGGUGGGAGAAGAAACCUUCGUGGCAGCAGAAGGCAGAAGAUGAGCGCGUCAUUCCAGCGUUAGGAGGGAAACCACCACGAACGCCAAGUCGUCGUGCUUCAUCGAGGCGCGCUUCAGCUCUCUAUGAUCCUGCCGCUUCAGUGGAAAAUCACCAAUCUCGUGAAGGUUCCAGUAUGUCGCAUAGGAGCGAAGAAAGGUCAAGACCUGCCUCUGUUGCGAGACAAGCAGAUUCACGUGUUUCUCAUCACAACGAUGAAAGGCCGCCGUCCAUCGCAAGGAGAGCGCCUUCAAGAUCGUCCAGAAGAGCAAGCAGACAGGACACUCAGGUCUGUACUCAGCUACCAACGGCCAAACCUAAAAGUGUACUCGAUAAAAAAAUGCACUAUUCAACAAGGAUUGGGCGAUUGUAA